GGGGGCGGCACUAGCUGGAGGACUGACAAACAAGUUGUUGGGGUUGAAGAAGCUUCGGGGAAGGCGAGGAGGCAACUUUGGAAGGAGAGAGCUGAGCAUGAUGACACAAAACCUGGGAGAGUGGUAAAUAAUGAAGAGGACAGAGUGAUCUGGAUCACUUUGGUAAACCAUGCGCAAGCAAACAAUGAAUUAUUUCGGGGAAGUUCUGCGGCCUGUGCGAUGCAGGAGCUCAGACUAGAUGUUCACCGUGGUCCCUUCUGGCCUUGAACUCCAUGAAUGUUUGAGCUGGGAAUUCUACCUCCCAAGUGCUGUACCAUAAAAGAGGCUCUAAACCCCAGCCAUAGAACAGGGAUCUGCUUUUCAUCAUUAGCAACCCAAGCUGGAUUCGAGCUGGUGAUCAAGGAGUGAGGUAAGUCCCUAAUCCAGGGGGCAAUUCCACUCAGCAGCAUGACGAGCGAGGUGGUGGAGGAUGAGAUGGAAUUUUAUUCCAAGGCUGAGAAAUACUGGAAGGAUGUGCCGCCCACGGUGGACGGCAUGCUGGGUGGGUACGGCCACAUCUCCAGCAUUGACAUCAACAGCUCCAAAAAAUUCCUGCUUAAGUUCCUUCGGGAUGGGCCUAACAGGACAGGAACCACCUGCGCCCUGGACUGUGGGGCUGGGAUCGGCAGGAUCACCAAGAGGCUGCUGUUGCCUCUCUUCAAAGCAGUGGACAUGGUGGAUGUGACUGAGGACUUCUUGACCAAGGCGAGAACCUACCUGGGAGAAGAGGGCAGGCGAGUGAGGAACUACUUCUGCUGCGGCCUGCAGGACUUCAGCCCUGAGCCCAACUCCUAUGACGUCAUCUGGAUCCAGUGGGUAAUAGGACACCUGACUGAUGACCAUCUGUCUGACUUCCUGAAGAGAUGCAAGGUUGGCCUGCGCCCCAAUGGCAUCAUUGUCAUCAAGGACAACAUGGCCCAGGAGGGAGUCAUCAUGGACGAUGUGGACAGCAGCGUGUGCCGGGACCUGGACGUAGUGCGGAUGAUCGUCCGGCGUGCAGGCCUCAACCUCCUGGCUGAAGAAAGGCAAGAGAACUUCCCUGACGAAAUCUACCAUGUCUAUACAUUUGCCAUGAGAUGAACCCGGGCUGGGAGAUGCUGUUUACCAAGAGGUACUGCUGUGCCAGGACCAGCCCAGCAGGCCCCUUCUGGGGGGAUCCAGAGGACACCUAUCGUGUGGUCCAGACGCUUCAUGGUUAAAAUUCAGGGUGGGGUGGGGUGUCCUGAAUAACCCUGCUGGGGCUGGCUGGAAAGAUCGGGUCGAGUCUUCUGUGUUGCUGCUGUUUGUGAGAAAAGACAGUUGCCAAAUACACUCUCCUGCUGUUGCACCUCUGUACACAGACUCUGCUUAAACACCCACGCCACCCACCCAGGCUGGAGGCUCUCUAGAGAGGAAAAGCCUUGAAGCUGCACCAGAUGGGGGUAUGAGAGGCAGAGUAAGAACUCCUGCAGCUGCCCUACCUCGGUUUGUUUGCCUGCUGCCAGAGGAUGCUGUGUGUGCUAUGCCUGAACCCCGCUUGGUUCUGGGCGCGCGGACGAAGCUGCAGCGUCAGCUCUCCCUGCUGCAGGGGAGCCAGGAGAUGAGAGGGUAUCACUCACUGGCUCGUGCUCCAGCUCACUACUUCACUGCUCCUAACCCUCCUCUCCUCUGGGUGCCUGAACUGGGGUCGGUUCAGCUAGGCAUUUCUUGCUGCCUUCCCGAAACUAGUCUGAGGCAGGAGGUUGUAGGUUCCUGGGACGUGAAAUCUGGCGCAAAGGCAGAGAGUAGAGGUUGGGGCUCGCUUACAGUAAUAGAAAAAGGGGUGAUUUUGUUUGGCCUCUCUCCAAGAUCUGUGCCAUUUCCUCAGGAUGGAGCAGAUCUUCCCAAGAGGAGGAAGAAAAGAGGCUCUGGGGCUAUCGUGGGGUUUUAUGAGUGCCCAUCACCAUUGUAUCUUUCAUGCAAAAUCAGUAGUAAUAGCAAAAUCGUUAGUGUUUUCAUAGAAUCUCGGGAAGUUUCUCAGAGCAAAAACUUUUUCAAGAUUUGACUAAA